AACUGGGUGCAGACAGAAAAGCCUGGAGACAGAAGAAACCUAAACUUUCUUCCUUCCUAGCUGCCCUCCAACUGCUCCCACCAUGAAGAAGGAAAUAUUAACCCUGGCCUUUGCUCGAUCUGUCUUUGUCGAGUUUAUCUCCACGCUCAUCUUCGUCUUCAUCGGCCUCGGCUCAGCCCUGAAGUGGCCGUCCGCCCUCCCCAGCAUCCUUCAGAUUUCGCUGGCAUUCGGCCUGGCCAUCGGUACACUGGUGCAGGCGUUUGGCCACAUCAGUGGUGCCCACAUCAACCCAGCGGUGACCAUCGCCUUCUUUGUCGGGAACCAGAUCUCCUUCCUCCGAACGCUCUUCUAUGUGAUCGCCCAACUGGUUGGGGCCAUCGCCGGGGCUGGCAUCCUCUAUGGUGUGACGCCAGUCAAUACUCGUGGCAACCUGGCCAUCAACUCGCUCAACAACAACACGACCCCGGGCCAGGCCCUCGUGGUGGAGAUCAUCCUCACCUUCCAGCUGGCUGCAUGCAUCUUUGCAUCCACGGACAACCGGAGGAACAGCAACGUGGGCUCCCCAGCACUGUCCAUCGGCCUCUCCGUUGCCGUAGGCCACUUGGUGGGGAUCUACUUCACUGGCUGCUCCAUGAAUCCAGCCCGGUCCUUUGGGCCCGCAGUCAUUGUGAGGAGGUUCAGCCCAGCACAUUGGGUGUUCUGGGUUGGACCCAUCCUCGGGGCUUGCUUGGCUGCUCUGCUUUACUUCUACAUCCUCGUCCCCUACUGCAUGAACAUGUCAGAUAGGGUUGCCAUCGUCAAGGGCACCUACGAGUCAGAGGAGGAGUGGGAAGAGCAGAGAGAGGAGAGGAAGAAGUCCAUGGAGUUGACCCCACCAUAG